GAACCAUGUUUAUAACAUUAACCUUUUUAUCAACACUUCGAUACUUAAUUUUCUUAAAUAUGAAUAUACGUUAAUGUAAAUCUUACAUUCUUCGUUUAUUAAAAAUGCGGAGAUCCAUAUUAUUAGUGGGAUUUCUUAUAUUCGUAAAACAUGCACAUGACCAACCUGUAUUUUGGCGUGAUUACAAUAAAAUUAAUAUUCCCAGACAGGCCGUUAACGUUGGAUUUGGAAUACAUAUUGGUCAAAGUAAUUUUGAUGGAGUUUUAGUUCCCGGAACAAUUUACCCGAAAAGUGGUAGGUUCAUCACUGAACAUAACGGAAAACAGGAAAGAAUCAAUAACGUGCAAAUAAUGUGUUCGGAAAAUCCGCUAAGAUUAAGUUGGGAAUACAUAGAUGUAAAAAAACUACCAGAAAAUUUAUCACAUCGAGUAAUAAUAGCUGGUGACCGCAAUAACAUAUAUUAUAUCGGAAGGGCAUUUCACCAAAACGAAUGGAGAAUAGGAAAGGUUGAUCUUUUCGAUGCGAAAAGUUUAUUAAUUUGGAAUAACGACGGCACACUUCAUAAAGUUUUUAAUUUCGAAGUUUUAACGGAUGCUUACAAAAUUAAUGAAAGUCCUGCGAGUACAAUAUAUAAUUUCACUUUAUCGCUCGGGGCAGAACUUGAUCUUUUACCUGAAGAUAAAAAAGAUUUGGUAAAAACGGCAAUUUGGCAAGUGAUUUAUGAAGUUAAGAACACAAACAAAUCUAAUAUUGAAAUAAACAUCUAAUUUAUUUAAAUAAACGUUUUUUAUCCAAA